AUAACAGUUGGACUGUUUGCAGAUUCAGGCCAAGUCUCAGCAACGCAGCCGAUCGCCUACUAUGGAACGACUGGACGUGGUGCCAAGCACUUUGGUCCAGAAGUCCAGAGGAGAAACGUCCCCAACGCGAAUCAUUUCGCGGGAUGAGAGUCGAGAGGGCGCCAGGUCUCCUAGCAGCCCUUUGCCAACGACUGGCAAAUAUUCCCUGAUGCAGUUUGCCAUGCAGAACUACAGGCAGUUAUCUGACCUGGAACACCAAAGAUUCGACCAGUCGCAGCCCAAGUCCAAAAACAAGUCGAAAGACUGGACUUGGAAGCAGCAAACGGACGUGAUCAAGUGGCAAGGGACUCCGCUGGAUGGGCCUCUUCUACGUCUCGAUGACCCCGAGCUCACUCCUCUGGCCAUCGAGUGCUUUGACUGCAUCUUGAGAUACUGCGGAGAUCAGCCGCUCACGCCGGAAAUGUCCGAAGUCAAAUGCGUCUACACGGUCUUAAUGCACUGUCACAAGUACGGCCAACUGAGAGACGAAGUCUACUGCCAGCUGAUGAAGCAGACGACCAGCAACAAGUCGGAGUCGAGCGAGUCCAGCCAAAGGGCCUGGAGGCUUCUUUCGAUUGUGGCCGCCUAUUUUGCCUGCUCCGACACUCUGCUGCCCUACUUGAUGGAGCAUUUGAGCAGCGCGGCCAACGACAGGCGAAGGAUCUGCCAUGGAACUGCCGCAGUGUGCGUCACCAACUUGAGGAAGACUCAGAGGUGCGGCGGGAGGAAGAACGUGCCUUCAGUGGAAGAAGUCACUGCGGUCAGUGCAGGACGGAGUGCGCGUAGGCAAAUCUACCGGCUACCAGGGGGUGCUGAGCGCGUGGUCAACACCAGAUGUAGCACAGUGGUUGCCGAUGUUAUCCACAAACUGUGCAGUUUGAUUGGCAUAGCCGAAGAACAAGAGCAGCAGGAGUUCAGCUUGUACUGCAUCGUGCAAGGGGAUGCCUUUACCAUGCCCCUAGCAGCCGACGAGUACAUUCUGGAUGUUACCACUGAGCUGCACAAGGCCGCCCAGCCAUUCUACUUGAUCUUCUGCAGAUCCGUUUGGUACCACCCGCUCAAACACGAUGCUAGUCCACUUUACACCGAGGUCCUCUUCAAUCAAGUGGCCCCCGACUAUCUAGAAGGGCUUCUAUUGCGGCUGGGCAAUCCCAAUCUACCUCCGAGCGUUGUUCGAGACAUGGCAUUAGCAGCCGCUCUUCUUCACAGAGCGGCUGAUCUGGGACACGCCCCCAGCCUGAAAGAAGUGAAAUUCCUGUUACCGAAGCCAGUUCUAGGGUUGCGUGAACCGCGCCCACCUCAAUGGCUCGCAUUGGUCCAAACCAGUUGGGGUCAAGCUGCCGGUCUGUCCGUAUCAAGAGCGAAGCAUCGCGUUCUGCAAGUGUUGAGCAGCUGGCCCUUAUUCGGUAAGUCUACCAACUGGACAGGAAGAAAUCAUAUUUUAUAUCCCAAUGGUAAUAAACUUACCAUUUUAUACAGGCAUACGCCAAAUCCUGGUCUGAUGCCGAUGACCAGAGCAGAAAGUUUGACCUAA